AUGGCUGAGCAGGGGAGGAUUGUCAUGCCGACUGUUGGAGCAACUGGCAGGAGGGGACGACUGACCGGCAACACGCCGCACAAUGCUUCUUAUGGUGAGAUGAGUUUCACUUCUUACCUCGGACGUCCCAGUGGUACAGGCUUCACAUCAAACCAGAGACCAGCGAUUUAUUACACAUCCAGUUUGGACCACAUUGACAACCCUCAGUUUGGACGCUCAUUAUCAGACAGUUACAUGUCUCAGACUAAACUGCACUACCAGCCCCACAUCCGGUCUGAUUGUUCGGGUUCUUUGCCAAACAUCAUUAGCAAACCCAGAGACAGCGGCUUCCAUCAGAUGAAGACUCAGCCGAAAACAGCAACCAUGGAGGAGACGACAGAAUACCAAAGAUCAUUCGUGCCUCUUCCUCUCACACCAGCAGUUUCUCAGUACCAUGUGACUGUGGGUCCAAAAAGAGGGACUGGUUUCUCUGAGGGAACAGAUCUUCAACCUUUUACCUUUCAGGAAAAAAGCAGCUGCACAGUUAAACGUCAUCCGACUCAGGGCUCAGUGAUGAAAAGCGACUUCACACCACGGCUUCAGGUCACUGAGGCGAUACCGGGGGGUUGUAGCCGUUCUUGUCGAGAGUCGGGAUUCACACGAGGUGCCGUCGGUCCCUUGGCCUGGCCGGGCUCCCUCCUGCCAUCACCCCAGACUAAACAUAAUGCACCAACUCUGAAGACCAUUGGGAGAAAGGAGCCCACGGGGUGUCUUCUAAAUGCGCCGAGCAACCAAGUUUUCCCUAAUUCACCUUCAGAUGGUUCACACUUCGUUACACAUUACAAGAGCACCUUCUGCCAUCACGCUGAUUCGGAAAAGCUGAAAUCUGGUCCUACUGGUGCAGGAAUCAUCAGCGCCAAAGUGGACACCGGCUACACUCGUCGGGAAAUGGACAGGUUCAUCUUUAGGGGUUAG